GAAACUAUAAAUAGAGUUAACCUCUUUCUUAUUAUCCUCUCGCACCACUCUUCCUUAGAAUUAUAGACUUGUAGUCUCUCUCUACCAAGAUUACUCGGCCUCCCUCUUUGUUUUCUCUUUUUUUUUUUUUUUUUUUUUUUGCGUGUGACAAAGAGGGGCACGAGAGAGAUGGGGAAGAAGCAUUACUCAGUUGGAUUAUGGGACAUUAAGACCAUGUUCAAGUGUAGCGUAGUCAUGUUCUUAAUUGGAGGAUUAGUGACUUUAAGCUUUUAUUACAGGAACAAUAAUCAAGAAGCAAUAAAUAGCAAGGAUAAGGUUACUCUUUCUACUAUGACUACGAGUAAGAUUACGAAUGAUGAUGAAAAUACGAAUAGAAUUACAAUUACAAAAACAAAUAAAAGAGUUUUUGAUCAUCAGAGAAGACUGAAGCUUGCACCACUGUCUUUAACGGAUACCUGUGAUUUGUUCUCCGGCAGAUGGGUUCAUGAUAACAAUAGUCAUUACCCUUUGUAUAAAGAAGACGAGUGCCCUUAUCUCCUUGGUGAUUUAGCUUGCUUAACAUAUGGCAGAAAGGAUUCUAAGUAUCAGCAAUGGAGGUGGCAACCCCAUGGCUGCGACUUCCCUAGGUUUGAUGGCAAAGCAAUAGUAGAGCGAUUAAAGGGUAAAAGGCUACUGUUUAUCGGUGACUCUGUUAACAGGAACCAAUGGGAUUCGAUGAUGUGCAUGCUCCAUUCAUCAAUCCCAGGGAAAAAGAAAGUUAGCUUGGGGGGUACUUUGAAUAAUACCUUGUACACCUUCAGAGCCAUUGACUACAAUAUCUCAAUUGACUACUACUGGGCUCCAAUGCUAGUCGAAUCUAAUGGCGAUGAUCCAUCAAACCAUCGCCUUGACCAUCGAAUUAUUCGAAUCAAAGCCAUUGAGAAACAUGCCAGGCAUUGGGUUGAUGCAGAUAUACUUGUCUUUAAUACGUAUCUUUGGUGGAAAUUACCCAUAAUAAAGUUAUUGAAGAGUCCUGGAUCAUUGCUGGGUGGUCCUAAUCAAGUUUACGAUGAAAUUGAUAAUCUUCGUGCCUACAAAAAAGUUCUGGAAACAUGGUCGAAAUGGGUACACAUCCAUAUCGAUCCUGCAAAGACAAAGAUGUUUUUCAUGGGCCUUACAGCAACUCAUUCAAGGGCUAAAGACUGGGGAGGCAAGAAGCACGGAAGCUGUUAUAAUGAAACAGAGCCUGUGAUGGAAGACGGAUUCUGGGAAAGUGGAACGAAUCAGCAAAUGUUGCAAAUAUUGGAGUCUUUAUUGAGUAAACUGAAAGCCAAGGGAGUGAAUGUGCAACUGAUAAACAUAACACAACUAACACAAUACAGAAAAGAUGCACACCCUUCGGUCCAUAGGAAGCUAUGGAGUCCCUUAACCGAUGCUCAAAAGAAGAACCCAGAAAGUGUUUCGGAUUGUACACAUUGGUGUCUCCCUGGAGUUCCUGAUAUUUGGAAUGAACUUCUCUUAGCUUACAUUUUCCCGAUAAACCCACCAACAAAUAAAUAACGGUAAGAAACCAAAGAAAACUGUUCUUGAUCAUUUUUUCUGAACUUUUGGAUUCUAAUUUUUUUGAAGUUAUUAGCCUUGUUGAUUGUUGAGAGAGUGUUUGGUUUAACUUUUCACAGGCAAGAAGUCUUUUUUGUAAAAGUUAGAAAAGUCACGAUUACGUCACUUUUCAAAAAGACGUCAUUUCAUCUUUUGUAAAAGUUGGAAACCUAACAUCUUUUUUAUUUUUAGAAAAAGAUAAAAGUAAGUCACUUUAAAAGCUAUGACAAACACCAUCAUCUUUUGUAAAAGUUGGAAACCUAACAUCUUUUUUAUUUUUAGAAAAAGAUAAAAGUAAGUCACUUUAAAAGCUAUGACAAACACCCUCGUAUUCUAGGGAUGUGUUGUUUUUGUUCAUUGAUGUAAC